AUGCGCCCUUUAGCCUCCUCCGCAUUCGCCGUCUUGGCGCUACUGAUGGCCUCUGCACCCCCUCUCCCCCUUCGCCCUGAUAUCUACUCCUACUCCACCCUCAUCGAUGCCCUUGCCUGUGCUGGCUGUCUUGAUGCCCUCGUCUUGCAUGACAAAAUGCAGCUCGAUGAGGUCACCCCCUCCACUGUCACCUUCAACUCCCUACUUUAUGCCUUCUAUCGUGCGGGCGACCUCCUCCACACUGCCAAGCUCACCCUUUACAUGCUCCUCAAGGAUUGCCCCCCAACCCUUACCACCUACAACACCCUCAUCCAUGGCCUCUGUCUCCGUGGCCACUUUGAUGAUGCCAUCGCCCUCCAAGAUUACCACCACCACCACCAUCUCCUCCUCCUCCUACAUAUAGCCCAACAUGAUUCUGUAAACUACCCUCUUCGACAGGCUCUGCCACCAUAUGGGUAG